AACGCCGCGCUGCCUGUCAGGGACUUUGCAGCAUCGGGGCGAAUGACGGCUGAGUUGGAGGAAGUUACUGGGAGCUGCUUUGCUAGUAUGUAACCGUACAUGAGUUGGCAACAGCGUCGCGAUAAGAGAGGAAGGCAGCAGCAUUCAUGGAUAUUGUGGACACCUUUAACCAUUUAAUACCCAGUGACCAGUUGGAUGACUCCCUGGUAAUAGGUCAGAAUUUGGAGUGUGAAGCCAGUAAUGAGUUUGGGACAGGACUGGAAGAUUCACUGAAGAACAUGCUCAGUGACAAAGAUCCCAUGUUUGGAUGUGCAAGCACUCAGUUCAGUCUGCUGGAUAAUGAAGACCCUGCUUUUCAGAUUGCUGGCUCCACAAGUCUCGAUAGUGGUUCGGCACCCACAGGCCUCCCUGGUGAACCAGCUGUUUCAGAGAGUGCACAAGUUAAGCAACUUGAUGUCAGGCAGAAGAAACGUUCACGCAGUUUAGAGAACGAAUAUAGUGGUGACCAGGAGCCUAACACACCCACCAAUACCAUGACCCGAGGGCGACCGGGAAGGAAACCAGCCAACAGGCUAUGCAAGUCAUUUCUUAUUGAGAAAGGAGUCACAGGUCCUGAUCUAAAGAGAGAAUUAACUCUCGGAGGACGUGUCAACAUUAAUGAGCUUGAUGGUGGGGUCUGGCUGAAUCCAACUGUUGUAUUGAGACGACUGACAGUCACAAUUGGAGGUUUCAAGAUUGAAUUGCUACCAGGACCCUCGUACACACAGGGUGUCGAUGCAAACCAGUCUGCAUGCUUGGACGAUGGUUUUUCUUACGGUGGGGAAGUUGGUUUCACAGUUUUGCCAGAUGAAGCAGCCAGUGUACAGAAUCCCGCAGCAGAGAGUGUGGAAGAGAUGGAUGUAAGUCAGAAGAGCUCAGCUGAUGAUGCAAGUCUUGGGCUGGGCCCAUAUGUAAAUCCAAAUGAUGUACAGACGACAAACGGGACGUUAAAUACAGGCACGGAAGAGGCAAAACUCGACAAUCAGAGUGUUCCAGAGAAGCAAAAGCCAGUCAGUAAAGGAAAUGAUGUUAUCAAACAGCCACAGAGCAAAGAGAAUAACACAGCUACUGUUAGUAACAAGACAGAUGGUAAUGAAAAACAACUGAAUGUGUCUAAAAUGCUGCCAAAGUCUAAACAAGGACCGUCAUCAGUAAAGAAUAAGGAAUUGGUUUUAUGUAAAACAAGCAAUACAAUUAAGGAGCAUAAAGUUACCCAAAAUAUGCCAUCCAAAAUCACGCCAAGAGGAGAGCUGCACAAAACUAAAUCUGGAAAGGAAAAGCAAGAUGUUGCACCUUUGAAAAGGCCUGCAGAAAACAUUCAAAGUGAGCAUGCUACUAAAGUACAAAAGCUACAGGGUGCAGUAGAUGCUAAAGUGAAGCCAAAAUUACCAAGUUCUCCUACUUCUAUGGGAAAGAAAAUUCCAUCAUCUGGCAACCGCGUUGGUGAUCAGCAGGGACCAGCCAAACGUAGUACGCCCCAAAACAGCUCAAAAAGUGAGACUCCUCCCCCGCACAGUCAUCUAGGAAAUUCUUUAAAAACACCUGAAGAAGGAGGGCAGGAAAAGUCCAAAAUGAAAAAGCUAGAGAAGAUUCUUCAGAGACAAAAGAGUAAAAAUGCAAGAAGCAUCUCUGUGGAUGAGCCGCAGCUGUUUAUUCCAGAUAAUGCGCCCGUUGUGAAGAAGGACGCUGUGGAUGAGCAAGUUGCUAAUAGCGAGACCGUGUGGGAUGGAAACAACUGUUGUGGCCUCUGCAAAAAGCACCACAAUAACAUGUUUAUGGUAGGUUGCGGUCGCUGUGAUGACUGGUUCCAUGGUGACUGUGUUGGUCUUGACCUGGCGAAAGUGCGAGAAAUGGAGGAGGAGGACCAGAUGUACGUGUGCUUGAAGUGCUGCGAGGAAGAAACCAAGAAGGUGGGGCCUGAGCCAGCGAGUGCACCCAAACCAGAAGCUCCAGCAAAGAGCGAGACACCCGACCAGAAGCUGCCUCCUAAACCUCGUCCUGGGUCGUCUCAGGCCCUCACAUCAGGGGGAGUCAGACCAGUAAAAAAGGAUGCAGAGAGAAGGCAGUCUACAGAUGCCCGAGAAGCAGCUCAUAAAACAGGUGUCUCAAUGAAACAGGAGUCAAAACAUAAGGCUCCAUCCUUGGCUUCAAAGAAACCCGUGUCUCUGGAGGCAAUCAGGAGAAGUGUGCGUGAUUCUCUGAAAGAAAUCCUCAUACAGAGAUUGAAGGACUCUGAUUUGAACAUCUCGGUGGAAAGGGCUUCCGAACUUGCAAAGAAGAUAGAGCGAGAACUUUUUCACUUGUAUAAGGACACUGACAACAAGUACAAGAACAAAUACAGAAGCUUAAUGUUUAACCUUAAAGAUACUAAAAAUAAUAUCCUUUGUAAGAGGGUUCUCAAAGGUGAAAUUUCUCCUGCUAACUUAAUUCGAAUGAGUCCCGAGGAAUUGGCCUCAAAAGAACUGGCUGCUUGGCGACAAAGAGAGAACCGACAUACUAUUGAGAUGAUUGAAAAAGAGCAAAGGGAGGCAGAGAGACGACCGAUUACUAAGAUCACACACAAAGGGGAAAUCGAAAUUGAAAGUCAAGAACCAGUAAAAGCACCGGAGCCUGUAGAGCUUGAACCUCCUCCCAGAGUGACUGAAGUCUCAGCAGAACCUCCAAAAACUCCAGAGAAGAAGGAAGAGAAUGCUAACACAGCUAAAGACACUACUAGCCAACACAAGUCUCACUUAUUUGACCUACACUGUAAAAUCUGCACAGGUCGAAUGGCACCCCCUGUUGAGGAGGCACCAACCAAAGUGGUUAAAGUUGCAACUACAGUGGUUAGGAGGCAGUCUACCAAAACAGAGGAGACAAAGGGCACCACGCCGUCCGCAAUCGACGAUGACCUGCACCUCACUGUCUUAGAGGAGAGCUUCCGAAAUGCUCAGACAGGGUACGAAGGACGGUCUGAUCAUGCAGCUGGAAGAGAGGAAGAAGCUACUUUCCUUUCCAACCUUAAGUGUCUGUGGCGAGGAUUGAUUCAUAUGCACGCUGUGGCAAAGUUGGUGACAAAAGCUUUUCCCGUCUCAGGUGUUUUGGACAACUUGACUGAGGACCUUCCAGAUAGCAUACAGGUUGGUGGGAGGAUAAGUCCUCAGACGGUGUGGGACUACUUGGAGAAAAUUCGGGCAACUGGAACAAAAGAAGUGUGCCUGAUUCGCUUCUCCCCUGAGACAGAGGAAGAUGAGAUCUCUUAUACUCUUUUGUAUGCCUACUUCAGCAGUCGUAGGCGUUUUGGGGUGGUGUCCAAUAACUUGAAACAAGUGAAGGACAUGUACCUCAUCCCUUUAGGUGCCACAGAAAAAGUUCCACAUCAGCUUGUUCCCUUUGAUGGCCCAGGUUUAGAAAACAACCGUGGAAACCUCCUCCUUGGACUUAUUAUUCGCCAGAGACCGAAAAGGGAUUUUCUUACUGUGGAUGUGAACGAAUCUGCAAGGAUUAUUCCUGAAAUAAAACCUGUGACCAUUUCCACAAAAGAAACCAGGGCAAAAGAGGAGGAUGAGAAAUUUUUUCUCUCUUCCUUGACUAGUGCACUUCAAAAGGAGAAGGAAAAACCACUUAACACUACUGAAGAUGUCGACGAGCCUAUUGCACAGUCUUUUGAAGAAACAUCUGCACCAGAGGAGACCAACAAUCAGGAGCCCCAGAAACCCCUUCGCUUUCUUCCAGGUGUGCUAGUAGGCUGGGGUGGAGAAUUACCACCUCUGCCUGAUGUUGGGUUUAAACCCUCAAGUACAGCACAGGAUGCCCUGAAGACUCAGCCUGCUCCAAAACCAGAGACAUCAGUUGGGAGCUCAAAAAGUCCAACAGCUGCUGCCCCACGAGAGCGCUUUGUCAUCAAGAAGAAAGAAGCUAAACCUGCUAAAACUGAACCGGAGCUAUCGAGCCCAUCUGAUACGUCAGCUGCUACCAACUCGCUGGAAAAGAAAGCUGCAGUAGGGAGCCAGGGUACAUCUGUCUCACUCAAAGAUAAGCCUCCAGAUGUAUCGACUGAAGACUUCCUGGCAGGCCUGUCAGCAGCUCCAAGCGGGACUGAAAGUAGCAGUGCUACGUCGGCAAACAAAGGCGACACUGGCCUUUUGUCUGAAAGUGAAAAAGAAACAACUGAAGGGAAUUCUUUGUUGCAGCCAAAAUCCCAGUCUGCUGCAGAUCACGCAAGUAGCUCAAAGCCUCCUUUAAGUGGAAUAUUGAAAAAAUCUUCAGCAUAUUCCACUGUGAAUGAAGAUAAAACAAUGGCGCCACAAAAGGAUAAAGCCAGCCUCCCAGAUCCUUCCAGCCCUAAACCUGUUCCUGUGUUGAGCAGCACUAGGAAUGAUCUAAUCGUCCCAUUUCACCAAGGAUAUUUACAGCUCUCUCAGGCCAAGCACAAAGCUGAAGAACAAAGUCAAACAGCCAUUCAGUCGUUUCCUUGUAAAAAGAAUGAGCCUGGUGUAGCGCAGGCUGGUGCUGUAUUGACUCAGACAGUGAAUCCUCCUAUGGUCCAAGGAACUCAAGCAGAAUGUCAAACAGGAGCCUCUCAGUCCCAGUAUAACCCAGCAAUGGCACCAGCUCUCCCAGUAAACAACAGCACAAGACCGUCCCCUUUGCAGCAGCAACAGCCUCAGGAAUCUGGCAGCUAUGAUUCUCCAUCUGCCCCUACUUCUAAUACUGUACCCACCCCACACAUCCAGAACCAGAACCAUAGCAUGCAGUGGGCUCAAGACAGCACUUCACAGGCUCCUCCUGGACCUCAGUCACAGUACCCCGAGAGUUGCUCUGAACCAUCUGGCCAACCCUCAUCCGUGGACAAAGACUACAAGCGUCUAGAGGAGCGAUACAGUGACCCGUGGGAGAGGCCGCGACACACAGACGACAAAGACCACGGAAGGCACAGCUACCACAGGGACUCCUAUCACGGUAAAAAGAGCAGGCACCACGAGCGGGAGAAAAAGCACGAUCGCAGCUAUGAUGAUAAGUACAGGGAGAGGGGCAGGCACCAUGGACAUUCGGAUGACCGCUAUGGUGAGAAGAGGAAAGAGAGGCAUCACAGCGACGACUACAGCAGCCGUCACAAGGACAGGCACAGACAUAGACGGGACUCCGAUUACGAGAAUGGACGGAGAAGUUCAAAAGACAGUUACUCAUAAUUUUGUUCAGAGAGCGUUUGGGGCUCUCGGGACUGUUCGGUUGUUGUUGGUCACACAGCUGGUACAAACCACUUUGGUUGGUGCUGGUGGAGUUGUUGUUUUACGCACCAGUCUGCAUCUGUAUGCCGUGUCUUUCACUAAAGUUACGUUUUAUGUUACUCAGCGUACAAGCCAAAAUAAUAUAAUUUCAAUGGAAUUAUAAUAUUAUGGAUCAGUUCAGUUAAGACCAAGAAAAAAAGUCAAUAUUGGAACAUUUUUAACUUUUAAACUUUUUAUUGUAAAUAUGUUGUUCAUAUUGAGCUGCUGUACUGAUUGGUUUCGGUCUCAAGGCAACAUAACAACAAACAAGUGGACCACUUGGAUAAUUUAUGCUGAGUUCAUUUGGCCUGAAUGUAAUAGAAGGUAUUUUACUGAAAACAGCAGCUUGUUUUUUUGUUUUUUUUUUAACAUUUCUUUUAAAUUGCUUAAAUA